GGUUUCCUCUUUGUGCAUUAUCGUCUGUCUGCUUCGUUAUUCGUUUCGUUCGCAAUAAUUGUUGGUCGAAAACUAGGUACUUGGAUUAGUAAUAACUCUAAAACCUUUAUCCUAUCGAUACUACAGCUUCAGUCUCAAAACCCGAUUACUAGUUAAAAGUGUAUUAUACCUUUAUCAACUAAAUAAUGAACGGCCUGGCUAACAACAAUGAUGACUCUGUAGAGUGCCCUUUGUGUAUGGAACCUCUGGAGGUGGAUGAUCUAACUUUUUUCCCAUGUACUUGCGGAUAUCAAAUUUGUAGAUUCUGCUGGCACAGAAUUCGUACGGAUGAAAAUAAACUGUGCCCAGCAUGUCGAAAAGAGUAUCCCGAGAAUCCAGCUGACUUUAAGCCUUUAUCGCAGGAAGAAAUGAUCGCGUUCAAGUCUCAAAAGCGACAAAGGGAUCAACAACGGAAGCAGAAAAUUACGGAAAAUCGGAAACAUUUAGCCAAUGUUCGUGUAGUGCAAAAGAAUUUGGUAUUUGUUGUUGGUCUGCCUCCUCGACUGGCAGAUGCAGAUAUACUAAAAAAGCACGAAUACUUUGGCAAGUAUGGAAAAAUACAUAAAGUGGUGAUAAACCCGAGUACAACUUACGCUGGAGUGCAGGGUCCAUCAGCGUCGGCAUAUGUCACCUAUGUGCAUAAUACAGAUGCACUGCGGGCUAUACAGAGUGUUAACAAUAUCAUGAUAGAUGGGCGACUGAUCAAGACCAGCUUGGGGACAACCAAAUACUGUAGCCACUUCAUGAAGAACCAACAGUGUCCCAAAGGCGACUGUAUGUACUUACACGAGCUGGGCGAUUCAGAAGCUAGUUUCACCAAGGAGGAAAUGCAUCAAGGCAAGCAUCAGGAGUAUGAGAAACGUUUACACGAUGCUUUGAUCGCGGCUUCUGGGGCGAAUAAUGUGACGGGAAUCGGGGGAUCAGGACCUGGAUCAGGAUCAGCCAAUGGUACAGCUGUAAGCGCUAGUGGAACUUCAAAAGCAACUGCUUCAACAACAAUGUCAUCGUCGUCAUCAUCAUCAGCAUCAACAUCGUCGGUUUCAAUUGCAAAUACUUCAACCACAGCAAGUGCCCAACAGAAGGAGGCUUGGCCCAGUUUAUCAGUAUCACCAGUUAACAGUAAGGAAACAUUGGCAAGUGCCUGUAACGGAAGUAGUGGAAAAAGCAAAAAGGAAAAGUUACGCAAUGAGAAAACGCGUCAUGAGAAAAACAAAUCGAAAAGCAAACAAAAUGCCUAUCCAACAUCAAAUGCUGCAUCCAACAAGGAGAACUUUGUUCCAGAGUCCAAGGGCAAUACAAGUGCAUCAGCGGCAACAGUGACUGUUUCCACCGAUGAGACGUCCACGAAAACGGAUGACAAUGUUGCCAGCAAUCGAUCCAAAACGGAACGUAAUAAGGAAAGAAUUUCGUUAAAUCGAACAACUGCUGCAAAGGAUCAACGUGAAACUAAGGAGACGAAUCAAACACAAAGUAAUCAACAUUUGGAUCAUUCUGAAGAUGCUUUAAAUACCAACAAGGACACGGACACUGACACGUCCAAAGGCAGUGAGAAUAACAAGUUAUUCGCAUUACCAAAAAGAUCCUCGCCCAAUGUACAUCGGUCCCAUAGCUCAAGCAGUGAAAACAGUGAUGAUCCCAUAUCGGAGAGCAGUGCGAGUGGAAAAAGUUCACCUGGUAAUUUUAAGGAGACCCAAUCGAAUGCUAGUUCAAAUGCCGAGGGUCAAACUGAAAUUCCGAUCAAUAAUAUCAAUCAUAAUAGUAGCGCAUUAGAAAACGGUGUGUUUGUAAAUACGGAUGAUGUAAAUACUACAGAUAGCAUUCAGAAAACUUGCGAUUCCGACAGUAGAACAAAAGAUGAGCUAAAUCGGACAUCUCAACAAGCAACUGAAUUAUUGAAUCCUGCUGAAAAUGACUGUGAAAAGGAAGUCACGGAUGCUCUCUCCAAGCUGAACAUCUUCGAUGACAGCAACAGCUUCUUCUCAUCGUCACCCGCAUUCCAGCAGUCGCUGUUGUUGAAGAACAAAGUUGAGGGAGAUAUGCGACAGCCUCAAGUAACAUCCUCUCAUUUGCCUGACCUGCUGAAUGGCAUUGAUGGAUACCAGAAACCAACCAAUACAAAUGAAUGGGAGGAAGCCUUUAAGAAUGUGAUGAUACGCAACACGCGGCAAGUGGAGGAGCAAGUGUUGCAUCAACAACACCUGCAACUGCAACAGCAGCAUCAUCACCAGCAAGUGCUGCAACAGCAGGAAGAAUUUCUACGUAUGCAUGAUUUGCAGAAGCGAAAUAAUUUGGUUAACGGUAUGGGAAUUGGUCCACUCGCUGAUUUCCCAAGCCAUUUUCAUAGCAACACAGUGGACGGCAAUAGGAGCCAACCCCAUGGACCUCUGCCUCAGCAGCAUCUUCUACAGCAGCCGGAUGAAAAUCAGUUGAAUGUAAAUAACGCAUUUGGUGGAAAUAUGUCCAAGUUCUUUGACUUUCACAAAAGUCAGCAGCAAUUGCAUCAGCAGUACAUUAAUGGGCAUUCUCUGCUAAAUAAUGGUGAUUCUCAUCGGUUAGCAGUAUUUUUGGAAAAUAGCCGUGUUAAUCCUUCGCUUUUUGAUAAUGGAAUUUUAAAUCAACAAACUCAAGUACAAAAGCAGAGAUUAAUGGGAGCUUUUGAUAAAAUCUCUCCAAACCAACAACAAAGCACUCAAUCACCACAAAAUCGAUUUUCACAAAGCUCUUUAGUGGACGAUGAUUUAGGUUUCGAUCCGUUCACUGAAACCCAAAAGGGACUUGCUGAACUUAUGGAGAAUGAAGUAGUUCAACAGAAUGUCAACAUUGGAAAUGUUGUACCCAAGCUACCACAACAACAGCAGCAUCAGCAACAACAGCAGCAGCAACUACAACAACAACAGUCGCAGGCAACACAUCAGCAAUUGCUUGACAACAUGCAGCGUGCCCGGAUGCCUCCUCCAGGCUUUAAUCAUAUGAAUGCCUUAGGAUUUGAUGGCGCCGCUCGCGUACAUUCGAGUAAAAUUCUGCCCUAUUUAAAUAUGCCCGGCAAUGGACUCGGAAAUAACAGUACACCGGUCGAGCAACAGCAUCAAAUUCAAAUGGCAACCAACUGGAAUCCCCAUUUGGCAACACUGCACCAACAACAGCAGCAGCAACAACAACAACAACAACAGGGACCGGGUAUUGCCGACUCCCAUUUACAGCAUCAAAUGGCACAAGCUGCUGCUGCUGCCGCUGCUGGCAACCACAACAAAGGAUAUAGUAGUAGUGACUGGACGUCAAUGGAUCCGGCUAUACUGUCUUUCCGACAAUAUUCAUCGUUUCCGCAUCAAGCUCAAAUGCCACUCCAUCAACAACAACAAGACCUAUUUCUGCAACAUUUAGCCCAAAAUCAACAACAACAAAACGGUCAAGGGUUCAGCAAUCAAUCUCAACAAAUGCUUCCUGGUAUGAACAUGCCUAACAAUUUGAUUAAUGGACAGUCAUCUCAGACACAGGUCAAUGCCAAUGUACAGGGUAUGCUGGAGUUCUUAAAAAACCGUCAAUUUGUUUAAAUAAUGUCUGAAUAUAAUAGAUUUGUUUACCUGUACUACUUAUUAAAUACUUAUUACAAUACAUGCAUAUAGAAAAAUCGAAUAUAAAAAAUCGAAAAAAAAAAAAAA